AUGGCCAAGCCCAAUGGUCUGGCCUCAUCGGCGCCAGCUGCCGCGGGUGAGGACUUCAACCUCAGCGAGUUUGAUGAGUCCCUCUUGAUGGUCAGCGCCGCCUUUGCCACGCUCAGCUCCCUGGACCUUCCGACCGAAUCCGAGCCCAAGCCCGAGCCCGAGCCGCCUGCCGUCGCCACAGCCGCCCUUCCCGCGGUGGCUCCGGCCCCGGCCCCGGCCCCGGCCCCGGCCCCGGUGCCCAUUCUGGCUCCCGUGUCGACGCCCUAUGUUGCCACCCUCUCACCAUGCUCCCCUUCGGUGGCCGAGAUUGACAUCGACGAGCUCCUGGCCUCAUAUGGCGUCGGCACCGGGCCGGACCCCAUUCCCCCGGUGGACCCCCAGUUCGCGGCCAUGCUGGUCGAUGGGCUGAUCUCCGGCAGCCAAUCCGGCAACUCCUCGCCGGCCACUUCCCUGUUCGGCUCGGCCGCCACCUCCGCUCCCUCCAUCACCACGGCUUCUGCCAUGGAUUUCGGCUCGAUGUCGGACAUCGAAUUCAGCCCCUCGGAUCCUGUGUUCGGCGACUCUGCCGCCCCUGAGCCCCCCUCCCCGAAGCCGACGCCCUCGGUUGCUGCCUCUCGCAGCCUGGAUGAUGUUCUCGCGGAACUCCUGUCGGCUGAGUCCAUCGAAUCCUUCGAUUCCAUCGCGUCUACGGCCUCAGGUGCUCCGACCAGCACCGAUCCGGUGGUGGCCGCCUCGGAGGCCCCCCCUGCCACCUUGGGCACAUCCACCCCCGCCGAGGCAAGUGUCCCCGCCCCUUCGGAGGUCACCGGCCCCACUCGACCGGCCACUUCCACCUCGUCCGACGCCUCUCCCGCCAAUCCGACCACUGGCGAUCAUCCCGGCGAGCCGCGCAAGAAAAAGACCUCGGCCGAGGUUCUCCAGGGCCGAUUGGUUGUUCAGGCCCUGUACGACUACGCCGGCAGCAGCAUGGACCCGGUGAAGCGUCGGGCCUCCUCGGCGACCCCUCAAACCCGCGGCCUGGAUCUCAUCCGGGGGGAGUUCUACCUUGUCCUACGAAAGGCCUCCUCCGGCUGGUGGGAGGGUGUGCCACUCGGGGCCUCGCACACGGCCCCGGCUCCGGCCCCGGCUGAUAUUGCCAUCCUCAAGGGGUGGUUUCCUUCGAACUUCAUCCGCGUCAUCUCCGACGAGCCGGCCCCGGAGAAGCUCGACACUCCGGUGUCCCCGGUCGAGUCGUCGACUCCCCCAACCACGGUGGCUGUCACUCCGGCCGGCGCUUCCACCGCUGCACAGGCCACCUCGACCGAGCCCCCAGGCACCUCGGCUGUUGCUCCACCCGGCCACGCCAUCUCUCCCUUCUUCACGCCAGCUCCCACCGCCACCGCCACCGCCACCGCCACCGCCACCGCCACCGCCAAUGGCGCGGUUGCCCUUUCUUCUUCCGAGUCGCCGGUCUCCGGGCUGGCGCCCGCCCUGGCGGCUGGGCUCCUCUCGCCGCCUUCCUCCUCGCCAAACCCCUAUGAGGGGGGCCGGUCCGGCUCGGUCACUUCCACCUCCUCGGGGUCGCCUCUGGCCGGUCCAACCCCUCCCGUUGGACCGGGCCCCGUGUCGGCCUUCCGUGACGAGGGGGCCCGCCGGGGCAGCGACAGCACCAUUGUGGGUCGGGCUCCUGACGGCGCGGCCGACCAGUCUGGCGGUGUGGCGGCGGGUCUGAGCAUCGGUGCUGCUCCGGCAGCCGGCUUGCGUCCGCGUGCCGUGUCGCACUGUGCCGGGCCAGGCCGCGUUGGCAUCAUGCCCACGGCCUUCUCACACUAUCAGUCGCCACCGAGCAUCCCCUCGUCCCUGGGUGCAUCGGCCACCGGCGCCGGGGCGGCCAGUGUUGGCCACAGCGCCGUCAACAGUGCCGGCAGUAGCCCAGUCCCGAUGACCACCAGCCCGGGGCUACAGCCUGGCAGCCCGACUGGCCUGGGGUUCCUGGCCGGUGGCUCCGGGCCGCGUGGGCUCUUCCUGUCGAACUUCUCCAACUUGCCGCCGCCGCCGCCCAAGCCGGAUGCUGUCACCGCGUCGGCCCCGGUCAGCGCACAUUCCACCCCAUCGGUGUCGCUCCCGCCGCCGCCGCCGGCCCCGGGCACCGUGCGUCCUGGUGUCACCGGGGCCGGCAUGGCUGGCUCCCAGAAUUGGACCACCGACACGGGACACCGGCGCCAGCGGUCGCACUCAUCCUCGGCCGCAGCCAGCGCUUCCGGAAGCCAGCCCUUCUCGGCCCUGUCGGCCGAGCUGGCGACCACCCCUCAGGGCAUCGAGUCAUCUCCCCCGGACGCUGCCACUGGCCAGGCCAUUGACCUGCCCACCGGCCGGGUAUAUUACUAUCAUGAGCUGAGCAACGACACGGCCUGGCAGCUGCGACUCCUCCGGGCACAGCCCAUCCCCCCGACAUCCUUCGAGGACCCGCCCAGCCUGGCCUCCAUCAUCGAGGAGGGGGGCUUGCACUUGGUGGUCAGCCCGGAUUCCGCAUGGGGCAUGCUCCUGUCAGACAUCUCGGCGGCUUUCACCUCGGCAGUUGGCUGUUUGAUCCCCUCGGCUCCUGGACAGGCCGACCGCAUCCGCCUCCUGAAGCAUGUGCUGCUCAUCUUCAACCUCGUGCGCGGGCUCUUCCUCGCCUCCAACACACAUUCGCUCAAAUCCCCGGUCUUCGAAAUUGUUCCCGACCUGCUGGAGAGCCAUCGCCAACUGUGCGGGCUUCUGUGUCAGAUGAUCCUCGCGGCGCGCCUUACCUGUCGGGUUUGGCCAUCGCCGGACUCGCACACCACCCUCUUCCAUGCCCUCUGCGCCACUUUGCGCCAAGUUCGCCAGUAUGUGCGCCUGUGUGCCAUGGUGGACUUGCCCCUGGCGGAUUGCGCCCCAACCAGCGGCCCCAGUCCAAGCUCCAACCCCGGUGCCCCGGGCUCGCAGCAGGUCAUCUUGUCGGCCGACGAGACGGCCCUCAUCCGGGACCUCCGCCGGGCGGCCACUCUUCCCAUGACUCUGUCAUACGAUCAGAUGGGGCGUGGGCUGCUUGGCACGCCGACCAGGCAAUUCGGCCGGCCGGUCCCUGGGCCAGCUUCACCCGGUUCGCCGGCCUCCUUCCCUCCUUCCAAUUCUCUCUCAGUCUUGAGCCAGGGGAUCGAGGCGUCCGCCGUGUCUUCCAUUUUGCAAUUGGACAACCUCUUCUUCAUCCUGAUGGACUUCGCCUCGCAGGUCCAGGAGAUCUUCCUCCGGCGACUGGAGUCCUCCGAGGCCGGCGACUCGGCUGCCGAUGCGCCUCUCUCUGCCGUGGACCUGCAGCUGCUGGCCGACAUUGAGCUGGUUCUCAAUCGGUCGCUCGAGCUCAGUGGGCGUCUGCAUGACUCUCUCCCUCCGCAGUUGCUGGAUGUCAAGUCCUUUGCCCUUCUGAGCAAGCUCCGCGAGCAGUGUGACAGCUUGCGCAAUUCGCUUGUCGACUUCCCGGCUCUCCUUCGCACGGCCGAGCUCUUCUCUGAGUUCUCCUCCUGCAUGAAUCGCACCAUUCGCACUCUGCAGUCUCUGCUGUCCAUUACCAAGGCCUGUGUGCACCGCUUCGAAACUGAUCGCCUGCAGGAAAUGAUUUACGUGGUGCAACUCCGCGCCCAGGAUACCAACCCGCCGACCGAGAGCAACUUCUCCAGCUGGCUGCUGGUCGGAUCGCUGGUGUUUGCCGGGGACGACCCGAAAUCCCGAAAGCGCCAGCUUGUCAGCCUUCGGCAGCUGUAUGAGCACCAUCGAGGUGCCACCUCCGGCUUGGCCCUCCCGCCCUCGCUGUCGGAUCCGGAUGUCACGCGCGCCGACUCAUCGCUCCACCUGCCCUCUUCGCUCUUCAAGGACCGGGCCCUGUCAAUUGCUGGUCCUCCGGGCCAGUCAGCACGCUUCAGCUCGGUGGCUCGUGGCCGCAAUGGCACCGGCGGCCCCCUCCUGACAACGCUCACAAGCAGCGGCUCCACCGGGUCCCCCGGGUCCAUGGGAUCGCCGCUGGCCACUGCCCACUCGACUGGGGUGCUGACCCACGGGGUUUUCAGCGGGUCCACGCAUUCCCUGCCGGGGGUUCUGGAACUCGGCACCAGUGCCGGGUCUCUCGGGUCUUCCGGGUUUUCCUCCCUGUCGACUGCCAGUGCCGAUGACGCCACCUCCACGGCCAGCUUGACUUCCUCGAUCGGCGACACCGGUGACACCGGCGACUUGGGGGACUCGCUCGGCGGGGGCACCGGCGUCAUGUCCCCCACAGCCGGGGCCUCCCCCCCGCAGCAUCAUCCCCUGUGUCCGCACAAUCCAUCGCACCAGCAGCAGCAGCAGCAGCAGCAGCAGCAGCAGCAGCAGCCGCCGUCGCAGCUACACAGCCGCUGUCCCUCGGACCCGCCGUCGCACUCUUCCUCGACCACCUCGUCCGGGUCUCCCUCCCCCCCGCCGCCGGCUACCUCCGGCGAUGGGGGGAUUGCCCCCUCGGCGUUGGCCGGGUCGCCGGCACCACAUGACUUCGGGGUUCUGGCCGGUGCCAGUGGGCUGUCGCGGUCCAGCAGCACCCGGCGCGGGGGCUCCAGCCGCCGGCGCUUCCACAGCCUAUUCCGUGGGGACGACGAUGGGCCGACAAUCAACCCCGACGUGGCGGCCCUCUCCGGCAGCAGCGUGUCCUCCUCCUCGGCCACAUCGCCAACUGCCUGUCCUGUGUGCCCGGCCUGCUCGUCGGCGUCGUCGGAUGGUGGGACUCUCCCUGCCCACUCCCAGUUCCCUUCGGGCGAUGGAGCUUCCACCACCGACUCCGGCGACCCGCCAGCCAACUGGUUCCUCGGCCCGGAUUACGAUCCGGCCGACCUGGUUCUCAAUGCCGAGGGCCGUGUGCGCGGUGGCACCCGCGAGGCUCUCAUCAUUCGCAUGACCCUGCACGACGCCCCGGACACCGACAUGGUUCAGUCCUUCCUGCUGACUUACCGCACAUUCAUGUCGGCCACCGAUCUCCUGGAUUUGCUGAUUGAGCGGUAUAAGAUUUCCAUCCCCCCACAGUUGACCCCCGAGGAGAGCGCCCUCUUUGUCAGCCGCAAGCAGACACCCAUCCGACUGCGCGCCGUCAAUGUCAUCAAGUCCUGGCUUGACACGUAUUACGAUGAUUUCAGUCCGGCUAUGAUGGCCGUGUUGGAGGCCUUUGUGGAUGAUCCGCAGCAUGGCUCGCACAUUGUCCGCCAGCAGCUCGGCCGCCUUGUCCAGCGAAAGUCACAGACCGGGGACCAGCGCCCGGCUGCGGCUGCGGUGGCCGCCGUCACAGCAUCAUCCACCUCUGCCCCGACCUCGUUCUUCAAUUCCUGGCGCAUCUCCCGGCGUCGGGACAUCGUGGACCUGGACCCGCAGGACAUUGCCAACCAGCUGACUCUGCUCGAGUCGAUCCUCUUCACCCGCAUCAACCCCUUCGAGUUUUUGAACAAGAACUGGUCCAGCGAUGCCCCGAACAUUCGGGCCAUGAUUGCCCAAACCAAUCGCAUCACCACGUGGGUGGUGUGCACUCUCCUGGCCGAGAAGGAUCUUCGCCUGCGCACCGAGUGCCUGAAGUCCUUCAUCAAGACGGCCGAGUGCUGCCUGAUGCUGAGCAACUUCAACUCCCUGAUGGCCAUCCUCGCUGCCCUGGUCAGUGUGCCCAUCCACCGGCUGGAGCGCACCUGGAAGUCCCUCCCCAGCAAGGUGACCGAGCGGUACAACCAAAUGCGCCAGCUGAUGAAUUACAACAGCAACUUCCGGAACUACCGCGAGCGCCUGCAGCAGACCCCCCUGCCGUGUGUUCCCUUCCUCGGGGUGUAUCUCACCGAUUUGACCUUCAACGAGGAGGGCAACGCGGACUUCCUGCGCGAGGGUCCCGACCGGUUGAUCAACUUCGACAAGCGCAAUCGCACGGCCACCCUCAUUCGCGAGCUCCAGCGCUACCAGAGCAAGGGUUACGACAUCGAUCCCUAUGCCGAGGUGCAGCAAUUCCUGGAGCGGCGCCUGGAAGCGGCCGGCUCCAACUCCGAAGAUCUCUACGAGAAAAGUCUUCGCCUGGAGCCUCGAGAGACCGAGGACAUGAAGAUCGUCCGCAUCCUGGAGGAGAACGACAUGGCUUGA